UGUCAGUGGCGAUUCGCGCGCGUUACGAUAAACUUGUCAGGGGAUUCACAUAUACAUAGCUGGAAAGAGUAGUGGGUAGUUUAUCUUUUUUUUUUUCCUUUUUGGUUCGGGUUCUCCAGUGCGAGCUUUCGGGAUCGAAGAGGAGAAUAUGGUGGUUACAGCGGAGAGUGAAAUGACAUCAGAUAUCGCAUCGCAAGUGUAAAAGCUGUGCGCGAGGGCUCGUGAAAAAAAUGGACGAAGAAAACGAAGACACGUCGGUUGAAAAGUUCCAAGUACCAGUGAAAAUAAAGUCAUCGUUAGUGACAACUUAAAAAAUAACAAAUGCAGCACUUCAAUCCGAGCAGAUCCGGGAACGCGGCGAUGGGGUCGCAAGACGAGCCGCCUCCUUUCCCGUCGCACAUCAAGAUCACCACCUACAACGAUUGGCCAUUUUCGAGAUACAGAGAGGAGAACGGCACCAUAAUCGGCGAGGGCUAUGCCUUCGAGCUUUUGAAGCUGCUCAUUCGAAAAUUCAACUUCACCUACACGAUAGUACCGCCGAGAGAGGACAUCAUCGGGAAUGAGGAAAGAGGCAUGCUGCAACAGAUUUACGACGGGGAAGUGGACAUGGCGGUGGCGUUUAUCCCAAUUUUAAGUAGUUUCCGAAAUAUUUGCGACUAUUCCGCCCCCUUGGACGAGAUGGACACUACGUUUUUGUUGAAGAGACCUGGCACCUCUGCUACCGGCUCCGGACUCACCGCACCUUUCAGCACUAGAGUUUGGUACCUCAUCUUAAUUUCCUUACUGGUCGUCGGUCCCACCAUUUACUUGAUAAUAUAUCUGAGAGGGAAAUUCGCUAGAGAUGAAAAGGCAGAAAAAUUCACUUUCUUGACUUGCAUGUGGUUUGUUUACGGAGCCUUACUGAAACAAGGAACCACGGCGUCUCCGAUGGGUGAUUCUACACGUUUGGUCUUUGCAACUUGGUGGAUUUUCAUCACGAUUUUGACUUCGUUCUACACAGCCAACUUGACGGCAUUCCUAACGCUAUCCAGAUUUACCCUCGGAGUGAAUUCUUUGGACGAAUUGGUCUACGGCAGAUACUCGUGGGUCAUAGUCAACGGCCGAUCCAUCCAUACCCUCUUACCGAUCGAGUCCGACGACACGAGAAUGCUGGUCAAGUCGAAGAGCUGGGGCUACGGCUACGUGACCCGCGAGUACAACAUGUCGUACAAUAGCAUACUGAAAAAGGUCAAAGACGGAAGAGUGUUCAUUCUCGAGCGUACCCUCGCUCAGAUGGCGAUUUUCGAAGACUACCGGAACAAGACUCGGGAUGCGAUGGACGAGGAGAGAAAGUGCACCUAUGUCAUCAGCGAGUCCAAUGUACUGGCUAGACCCCGAGGAUUCGCUUUUCCCGUUGGUUCGACCAUUAAACAGCACGUCAAUAGCGAGAUGAUACCCGCCGUGGAGGGAGGCUUAGUGAAGCAUUUCAAAUUGGAAAAAUUACCGCAGGCCCAGAUAUGCCCGUUGAAUUUGAAGUCGAAAGAAAGACGACUGAAAGUUUCGGAUCUCAUGAUGACCUACAAAGUAGUGUUCGCCGGGAUGGGCGUCGGAGUGAUCAUCUUCCUUAUGGAACUCUUCACAAUAUUUAUCCGUUGGGUCGCGCGGCACGAGGCCUUCCGCAACUGUUGCCGCCGCAACGAGGUCAAGGGCCCGAGCGAACCGGAAGACCCGUGGGACUACCCGAAGAAAACCGACACGAACUUCUGGAUCCGAACACCGCCGCCGGUCUACCAGAUGAACGAGGAGGUCUCUCACAAGACUUACUCGAUCAACGGACGCGACUACUACAUCGUCAAGGAGGAGACCGGCGAUCAGCGCUUGAUACCCAUCCGAACGCCGUCUGCCUAUCUCUUUCAGUACAUUCAUUAAGCUGCGCGUUUGAGCUGAUCUUAUCGGGCCGUGUAAGGGCAAACGUCUGGUUCGCGAGGUUCGUCGCGUUAUAAUUACGGUUUGUUGGGGGAUCGAUUUGGGGAUGUCACGCGCGGCCUUAUGCUAUAUACGGGAGUUGUUUUCGGUGUCACAUAGAAUUGGAAUUCGUAGGUUUCAUUCACUUGGUGAAUUUCGAACGAUGCGUUACUACCUGUUUUUAACAACGCCUGGAUUUGAUUUUAAAGUAUUAUUAUAAAUUGUGUAUGGGUCACGGCGAUCUUAACAAAAAAUUACAAUAUUUGAGCUUGAAUCGGCAUGUAUGUCUUAUAACGUAUGUACCCGAUUUACUAUCAAUGAUUUUCUUCCAGUGUUUAAAAUGCAGGAUUUUAAAAUCGUUCAAAUAGCGCGUGCCUUCUUCAGACAGUUAGAUAACACUUUUUGGGCAUCGUUGUGUGCACUGACACAGUAUUACGGAAAAAUAGACUUGCUAAUUUGAUACUUGAUAUUUUUCAAUUUUUUAACUAAGACUAGAUUUGACUAUAUUUGAGAAAUUAUACUGAAGUUGAUAAUAUUGGAAUUUUAAUUAAACAUGUUAUUUAACAAGCAGAUGAUAAGUAAUAAACUAAAAACUUGUUGGCAUGAAUAUGAAUCAAAGCAAACCGAAUAUUCAGUAUUAAUAUACUAUUGCGUAAUAUAACAUUACGAUACGUGUCACUUAAGUGGCCUAUCAAUGGGCCACUCAAAAUGAUGAGUAUCGUAAAGAUCUUAUAUUAAAUUGUGAGAAAUACAUAACUGUACGUGAAUUACUCAACAGGCGUUUUUAUUAAAAAUAAAAUAAAACUUUAUAAAUAUUAUAGGUCCUACUUGAUACAGAAAAUUUUGUGAACGAUUCUGGGCAAUCUACAUUCGGUCAAUUAUUAAAAUAUCACACAUAAAGUUUAAGAAUAAUAAAGUUUGAUAUUACAUGCGCAAUUUUGGAAGUUUGCAGUCGAUAACUUUAUGUAACAACCGGGUUUUUGUUAUUUUUUCCACACAGACACACACAACUAUCGUUUGCACUAAUUCAAUAACAGUAAUAAUAAAUAGGGCACGUGAACUAAAUAAAUAAGCAUACAAAGUUUACAUUUCAAAAGAAAAGUUAUGAGUUGAUUAUGUAGUCUUAUUUGAAGAAAAUAAAAUGUUGAAAAAAAGAUGAUAUAGAACGUUAUUUUAUCAUUUUUUAUUAUUUAAUUGUAUAUCAACGUUUGAUUUUUUAAUAAUUUUAAUAAAUAUCAUAGCUAA